AUGACCGAUCGACUAGUAUCCUCAACACAGUCUGAGCUCGAUACUGAAAUCGUCGAACGAGGAGAGGAGAUCCUAGCUUCUAAAUCACGUGCAGCACUACCUCCAAGAGAUGCUUACAAGGUUAUAAACCAAGCUGGAAAAUAUUGGAAUGAUUUCUAUAUGAGGAAUGAGACUAAUUUCUUUAAAGACAGGCAUUGGACUGAUCGAGAAUUCGAAGAGCUCCGUUCUUCCGACGCGGUGAUUCUGCUAGAACUGGGAUGUGGAGUGGGAAACUUUGUAUUUCCUCUGCUAGAAUCGAAUCCAAACUUGUUCAUCCAUGCUUGUGACUUUUCUGCAAAAGCUGUAGACCUCCUCAAAGAAAACUCCAAUUACAACACAACAAGAUGCAACGCAUUCGUCCACGACCUCACCAAACAACCCCUAUCAGACAAAGUACAACCCAACUCACUAGACAUUGUCAGCAACAUAUUCUGUCUCUCAGCAAUCCCACCUGCAUCUCUCGAAUACGUAAUCGACUCAAUCCAUGCAGUCCUAAAACCACAUACAGGAAUACUUUUAUUUCGUGAUUAUGGCGUAUACGAUGAAGCCGAGUUACGGUUUAAUGGUAACAGGAGGAUCUCCGAACAUGUGUAUGCGAGACAGGAUGGCACACUGGCAGUGUUUUUCAGUAAGGAAGGGUUGAAGGAGUUGUUUGAACAGAGGGGGUUUGAGGUGCUUGAGAUUGUGUAUGUUAGAAAGAAUACUGUUAAUAGGGCAAAGGGGACUGACUCUGAUAGGGUGUUUGUGCAAGGGAAGUUCAGGAGGCUGUAA